GCGAGUAUUGCCGCCGAGACGCCACCGCGGACGAGACAGACGCAGUCGUGUGGAUCGAACCGUACGACGCGCGCGCGCUCACAUACAUAUACGCACGGAACACGCAUCGCGCACGCACCGCCCGGCGGAAAAACGCGAGAACACUGUAACACGCGCGCCGCCGAGACCGCGACGUGCCUACACACACACACACACACACAAACUCGUCAGGUCUUCCUCGUAUCGGUUGAUCGCCUCCGAUCCAUCGGCGCCAUCCGACCAAGGAUCUCCGCGAUCGACGGUCGCUGCACUCGCAUACACACAUCUACCUGUGUAAACGUCGCGUCGUGUUGCGCUGCGCCAACGGUUUUUGAUUUGUCGUCGUUUUUUGCGAGGGGUUUUCCAAUUUUUCCGAGUUCGGACGGUCACGCGUACAUCGCGAGACAGUCACGUCGACACAACGCCAUAAUAUUAUAACCGUAAUAUUUUCGGUCGGCAUUAUUUUUCGAGUAUAACAAUCGGAGUUCUCGGAGAAUUCCGCGCGGAAACGUAUAAUAACGGUGCGCGAUACAAUAAUAAUAUAUUAUGAUCGGUUCGGCGGCGGUUCAGCAGGAUUAUUCGUAACCGCGCAAGUCAACAACGGAACCGUCGUAUGCGCUGAGGCACAUUCGCCCGAACAACCCGAAGGACCUUAAUCGGUGUUGGGUCUUUACGGAGGAGGGACGUGGGGGUCCGUCAAGACGUUGCUUGGAGCUGGGGUGGGGGGGCUCGGGCCUUUCCCUUGCAGAGAAAACGAACCAUUUUGGAAGAUGCCUCACAAAGAUGAUUCGGACCACUGCAACAUGACAGCGGCGGCCGCGGCGAUGGUCCAGAGCUCAGCGGCUCUGUUCGGUUGUUCGGCGGCCGGUCAUAGUGGUAUCAACCAGCUGGGUGGAGUGUACGUCAAUGGUCGCCCGUUGCCAGAUUCGACGAGACAGAAAAUCGUCGAGCUUGCGCACUCAGGUGCCAGGCCGUGUGACAUAUCCCGCAUACUGCAGGUCUCCAACGGAUGCGUAUCCAAAAUACUCGGCCGGUAUUACGAAACCGGUUCAAUCAAGCCGCGUGCCAUUGGCGGCUCGAAGCCGCGGGUUGCCACCAAUGGCGUUGUGAACAAAAUCGCCGACUACAAGCGCGAGUGUCCGUCCAUCUUCGCUUGGGAGAUCAGGGACCGGUUGCUGUCCGAAGGGGUGUGUAGCAACGACAACAUACCGAGCGUGUCGUCCAUCAACCGGGUGCUGAGGAACUUGGCCGCACAAAAGGAACACCAGGCCUCGUCGACGCACCAGCCGGGCGGUGGAAAUGGCCUGAGCGGUGGUGGCGGUAUCGGUGGCGGUGGCGGCGCGGCCGAGUCUGUGUAUGACAAGCUUCGCAUGUUCAACGGACAAACGGGUUGGCCAUGGUAUGCAGCACCGCCACCACCACCACCACCAUCGUCUGGCGGCCCACCCGUGCACGGCGGCGCGCCGUCACCGCACCACCCGGCGCUGGUCGGCUCGGCUGGCCACCAUCCGGGAAACCCAGCGGCCGCCUCUCUGGCCACGGCCACCACGGCGUCACUCACCGCCGUGUCCAGGGACGAUAUCCAGAGGAGAGCUGCUGAAAUGGCACCGGAGAGCACGUCCGAUGGCAACUCGGAGCACAAUUCGUCGGCGGACGACGAUUCGCAACUAAGACUUAGACUGAAAAGGAAACUACAAAGAAACAGGACUAGUUUCACCAACGACCAAAUAGACAGCUUAGAAAAAGAAUUCGAGAGAACACAUUAUCCGGACGUGUUCGCCAGAGAGAGGCUGGCCGAUAACAUAUCUCUUCCGGAAGCCAGAAUUCAGGUAUGGUUUAGCAAUCGUCGAGCGAAAUGGCGACGCGAAGAGAAAUUGAGAAACCAGCGCAGGGGUGGUGGCGGUGGAGGUGGUGGAGGAGGAGGCGGAGGACUUGACCAGCAAAACGGUACACCAGCUGCGCUUUCUUCGUCAUCCGCGUCCGUAAGUCCGCCGGCCGGCGCCACAUCGAAUGCGGUUGGUGGAGGCGGCGGCGGGGGCGGUGGAGGCCACAACAACCGGCUGGCGUCGAUUCAGGCGGCCGGUUUCAACCACAUGUACCAAUCCAUCUCGCAACCAAUCGCUACCAUGCCCACCGACAAUUACGGUUCCAUGUCGAGCAUGGUAUCCGGUGGACAUCAUCACCAUCACCAUCAUCACCCGGCCAGCUCGUACCCGUACAUGUUCCAUCACCCGCCACCGGACUCGCUGUACAACCACCCGGUGUCGUCGUCUCCGCGCGUCCCUUGCCAACCAGCUCCCGCACACUCGGUCAACGCCAACACUCAUCCGGCGGCGUAUCCCACUUCUACUCAUCAUGCGUCCAACACGUCACCCGGUGCUACGGGCACAGGCGUAAUAUCUGCCGGAGUAUCGGUACCGGUGCAAAUACCAUUGAGCCAAGCACCGGAACAUACAUACUGGUCGAGAUUACAGUAAACGAAUGACGGUAACUGCUGACGAAAUUUAUAUUAUGUACAUUACGACGAAUAUUCUGAGUGAUCUAAUUUUUAUUUUAAUAAACGUGAAAGAUUUUUAAUUGAUGUUUGUACCAAUGUGCGUACGUGACACAUAGUAUAUAUAAUAUAUUAUAUUGUAAGAUAUUAAAAUAUUACGUAAUAAUAUUGAUAUUAUUGUAUAAAUAAAUUGUUCAUUAUAACCUUAUUAUUAUAACCACAUAAACACUAUACAGAACAAUAUAUAUAAAUAUUAUAUAUUCAUACAUAGAAUAGUAGAGAGGGAUUUAGUCGUCAAAUUUUAAUUUUGAUUCUAAUACAGUUUUCUUUUAUACUUUGUUUUAAUUUCUCGCGUAGUCUUACUGUGUAACAAUAUUGGAGUCUCGCAUAUCUCUAAUAAUAAUGUAUUAUUUUUACGAUAAAUAGAUUCUAUAGUAGCUAAUAAAGUGAUCGAAUUUUUCUUUUUUUUUUUUUACUUGUACAUUAUACAAUCUAUAUUUCUAUCGCGACAGGAUCUCGUGAUUGUUUAUAAAAAAUGUGUAAAAACAACCAUAUUAUAAAUAAAUGAGAAUCGUAAAUAAAUAUUGUACAACCAUG